AUGGGUCUCUUCAGUCGAUCUGGGCGAAAUGCCAUCAAACCGAAACAAUUUAUACUCAACUAUACCUACAGCUUGCACCUCAAUAAACGAUUAACAGAUAUGCACGACAAUCCAAUUUAUUUCAUAGAUACCGACAAAAGAUCACGGGAUCGUUUCGUCAGGAUUCGGGCAGGCAGAGAUAAGAAAGGGCCAGUGGUCGCCAAUAUUAGCACCAAUGACACAAAAAGGGAGUUCCGUUUCCGAGUGGGUCAAGGCCCAGAAGAACACCUUGUCGAAAAUAAAUCGGAAAAGAAAGACUUUAAAUGGACAUGGACCCUACCGAAUGGUGUGGGUCCCAGCAAGAAUAUGAUUUGGGUGUAUACCAAAGACCUAGAUUUAGACCCCCACGGGAAGCAUAGUAUUUCAAGACGGGCAUUAAAACUACUCGAUAUGGACACGAAUAGGGCGAUUGCCAUAUUUGUGAACGAAAGGGUCGAAUUGACAAAGCAAGGGGUGUUCACGAUCAACGGUGAAGACUGUCAGAGAUAUGGCCCGGCUUUCGAAACAGCCGUUCUCACAUCCGCUUUGGCCAUCAUCCAGCAGGUUGGAUUAACGGGCAGCGGGCUUGGGGAGAUUGUUGUGGAAUCAGCUGUCGGUACUGUUACCGAACAAGCAAUCAUGGCGGCAUUUGCGGGGUAA